ACAACUGCAACCAUGACCAUGGGCAAGAUCAUCUUCUACGAGGACAGGAACUUCCAGGGUCGUUCCUAUGAGACCAGCAGCGACUGCGCUGACAUGUCCUCCUUCCUGAGCAGGUGCCACUCCUGCAGGGUAGAGAGCGGCUGCUUCAUGGUCUAUGAUCGUUCCAACUACAUGGGCAACCAGUACUUUGUUAGGAAGGGAGAGUACUCUGACUACCAGCGUAUGGGCAUGAGCGACUGCAUCAGGUCCUGCCGCAUGAUCCCCAUGCACAGGGGCCAGUUCAGGAUGAGGAUCUACGAGAGGGAGAACUUCGGCGGCCAGAUGCACGAGCUGAUGGAUGACUGUGACUCCAUGGUGGAUCGUUUCCACAUGUCCGACAUGCAGUCCUGCAACGUGAUGGACGGCCACUGGCUGAUGUACGAGCAGCCCCACUUCAGAGGCAGGAUGAUCUACGUGAAGCCUGGAGAGUACAGGAACCUCAGAGAUAUGGGCACCAGUGGCAUGAAGCCCAUGAGCAUGAGGCGCAUCAUGGAUUCCUGUUACUAG